UUGUGUCCGUGGUUUGUGAUUUUGUUCGUCUCGGAUUUUUGGCACCGUUUUGUGUUUGGUUAUUUUGGUCUUCGUCGUUGAAGAGAGCGCGUAUUUCGUCCACGAUGUUGUGAAUUGACUUGCUGUGGGUUGACUGUGAAGACUCGCGGAGGGUAUUUUGCCUUUCAGCUAGGUCAAGUUGAGGAUUUAGGUUCUCGAGAAUUCGCGUGACUGGAAUUUGCGUUGGUAAGCGAAUGAUUACUAUAAAUACGCUGUCGUUGGAAAUGGAGGAGCCAUGUUUUGAUCCGGGAGUGCUCCUUCAUGGGCGGGGAAGUCAAAAAUCUGCUUUCUCUGACAAUUGUUUAUGAGCCCCAAAUCCAACGGUGAAAUUUGUUGCACUCCCUUCAAUUUCAACUGAGUGUGUGAAAUGAUCUUAGGUAUGUGUCAUUCUACUUCUUAUCCUGGCAAAGAUGACUGAGAUGAAACCAGUCUAGCUAGUGGCGUCAGCCUCUCGCAGUUUUUGGUGUGUCCUCCCCUGGUAAUGCGGAUAGUGAGGACAAUCAUCCUCUACAUCCUGAGGCCAGCAUGGAAGCUAAUGCGUUCUUGGCAGGGAUGCAUGAUCAAUUCUUUGCCCUGAAAUUAUUGUGGUUGUAUUGACUUGGUGGUGAGGAGUGAGAGUACGGAGCUAUUUCUAUGGCGGCACCUUCCAGUUUUUCUGGAACAAGCACCAAGAGGCAAGAUAAGUCGAACUUGAAAACUAGAGACCUCGAGUGGUACUUCUUUAGUGCCCUGGAUAAGAAGUAUGGAAACGGGUCAAAGACAAAUCGUGCCACAGAGAAUGGUUACUGGAAGACAACAGGGAAGGACAGGGCAGUCUUUCAUUACUCUCGAACAGUUGGAAUGAAGAAAACUUUGGUUUAUCAUAUUGGGCGAGCUCCACGUGGAAAGCGCACAAAUUGGGUUAUGCAUGAAUAUCGGCUUACCGAUGAAGAAUUGGAGAAGGCUGGAAUUCCACAAGAUGCAUUCGUGCUGUGCAGGAUCUUUCAGAAGAGUGGUCCUGGCCCAAAGAACGGGGAGCAAUAUGGUGCCCCAUUCAUUGAGGAGGAGUGGGAGGAUGAUGAUGUGGCUCUGUUUCCUGAUCAGGAGCCAAUGGUGGUUGUUGAUGAUGAAUAUGUUGAGGCAGAUGACUUGGAUCAGAGUAUUGAUUUUGGAAUUGAAUCUGGAGAUGCUCCAGCUCUUCUGAACUUCCAUCAUGGUGAGACAAGCCAGGGCACUGAGCACUCAAAUGACUUCAAUGAAGAUGAGCAAAAGCCUCUGAUAGAUACCAAUGCAGUUCAAGCUGGUUCGCAACAGCUGGAUGAGCAGUUCUUUGUUUUACCAGAGCAGUACCAGAUGGAGAUGAAAGCCAUUGAGAAGGGAUACAUUGGCCAAUCAGAUGAUAAUGACAAUCCUGUGGAUGCCAAUUACUUGCUCGAUGGGCCAUACUUAGAUGCAGCUGAUAAUCACCUUCCAGGAGAUGAGUUCUACCUCCAGACAAAUGACCUUGCUAAUCUCCUUGGGGAGGAUGCAGCAGAUUUUGCUGUCGAAGACUACCUAACAUUCUUUGAUGCAGAUGAUGAGAAUGUCUUGCCAUAUGAAUCCUCUCAACUUCCGUCUGAAAAUGCACUUUCUGAUCACACACUUCAUGCCGAGCAUAUUAAUGGAGGAAAUGAGGAAGCUCCUCUGGCAGGCAAUCUUCCUUCAGAAUCUUGCAGUAAGGACUAUGCGUCAACUUCAAAGCCACAUUUGGAUUCAAAGGACCCUGAAUCAAGUGUGAAGUAUCCACUCAUGAAAGCAGCCAGUCAAAUGUUAGGCAGCUUCCCUGCUCCUCCUGCUUUUGCUGCAGAGUUCCCGGGGAAAGAUGUGGCACUCCAUCUCAAUUCAGCUGCACAGCCUUCAAGUUCUGUUCAUGUUACUGCUGGCAUGAUAAGAAUAAGAGACAUGAAUUUGGUUGGGAGUGGAAUGGACUGGUCAGUCGGUAAGAAUGGAGAACUCAACAUCGUUCUGUCUUUUGGGAUGUCUCAAGCUGAUGUCAGCCCUACCAAUUCUGGCCUGCUCUCUCGCAAGACACCUUCAGUGGUUUCAUGGAGCUGGUGCUUCUUUUUGUUCUUUUGGAUUAUACUUCUCUCGGUCAGCGUUAAAGUCGGUACCUCUAUCUAUUCAAGGUAGUAGGAUACUGGAUAAGGUGGCAAUCUCGGCCACUGGAAUGGAGGUAGCUGAUAAACUCACAUAGGAACAUACUAUUCAGUUAUCUUUGUGUAGGACUCUGACAUAUUUUGCUUAAUUUAUUAUAUGUCAAGUGCAAAACUAUUGCUUGGCCCUUCUUUCUCUGUACCGACAAUGUUGAACCCCGAUGUCACGGGUAUCUGUUGUGGCGUUUGUUGUAUUGCUACUGCCCAUGGAUAGGAUUGGAAUCAUCAGAUCAAUUUGAAUGUCAGCUCCCAUUUAUUCGUUC